AUGAGUUUAGAUUGGUAAUUCCUAAACAUUGAUCCUUCAAACAUAAUUACUCAAUGUGGCUCAGAAUAAAUUAUAGGAGGAUAUAAUAAAUUUGCAAAACAGCACGCUGCUACAAAAUUAUUACAAUUACCUCCUCAUUAUAGGUUGAAAAUUUCUCUGAACCUUUAUAUGUAAGCUGUUUAUAUAGCUUAGAAUCGAUUCAUGGGAUGGCAUUGAAUUCUUCUAAGUAUAUGUAGAUCAACUGUUAGUGUACAAUGUUAGCUAUUCAGGCUUAGAUGGCACAGACUAUCUAUGUGGCUAAGGAAGUAGAAAAGAUUCAAUUAAUUAAAUAUCAAUAGAGUUUGAUCAUACAGGAUUGACAGUUUUCAUCUACUUAACUAGUACUUUGGAUGAUAACGCUUUGGAUGUAUUAUUAUUCAUAAAUAAAGGAAUCUUGGGGCUUCAAGAAUUUCAAACUCUUUCUUUUUCUGUGUCCACCAGGAUGCCUUGCUUGUAAUAGUUAAGAUAGGGAUGUUGAUUGUAACACAUGGAUGCUAGCUCAUUCCUCCUAUACAGAACUUGUUUUUGGCAACUUUAUUACUGAUGGAUGGACUAUUAUAAAUGGAGAUCAGAAUAAAUGGCAAUGUCAUAGUAAGAUAUUGAUAUUUUAUUUUAGCGAUUCCUACUAUAUGUGGCAAAGAAAAGUGCGGAAUAGAUACUCAACUAAGGUUGACUUUAUUGAACUUGCCAGUUCAUACAUAAAUGAGAAUAAAACUCAUGUAUCUCAGGGUUGGCACUUGGGAAUGGCGAGAUUAAUUUAAAACGACGGUUGAUCAGGAAUUAAUAUGGGAAUCGCCACUAACCUCCCUGCCUAAUUAUUUAUACGGAAUUUGUGACCCAACUUCCUUAGAUGUACUUAUUAAUAUAGAUAUGGUAUUUCCUCAUUUUUUAAGUAAUCCCACAGUUUUCUUUUUAAAUAAUUUGGAUGGACCAUAUGCUGAUGAGUCUUUUGGAGCAAGAGACAUUUAAAUUUUUAUAAGUAUAAAAAGAAUAUUAAUUUAGAAAGAUUAAUUUGUGGUGAUAAAGUUGUUUAGUUAUAUGAAGAAUGCGAUGACGGCAAUUUGCUUCCAUUUGAUGGUUGCUUUGGCUGCAUGUUUUCAUGUGUAGAUGGAUGUUCCGUCUGUUAAGAUAUGAUCUGUCUUGGUUGCUUUGAGGGUUGGAUUUAUUUAGAAUAAGAAUAUAAUUGUGAAAAAUAACUGGUUUAGGAAACCUCUUACAAUAAUUAUUAAAUGUAGUGCAGUGAUCAUUGCUUAUAAUGUAAUUCAGGCAUUUGCUAGGUAUGUGAGAAUGACUAUUUAUUGGAGGAUAAUUAUUGUGUUUAAUUGGAGAAAAUAGAUUUAUGUUAAGCUUAAUGUUAGGUUUGUGUUGACAAUGUUUGUUAUAAAUGUUAACCUGGAUAGAUUUUAAUUUUAGGUUUGUGUUAAGAUAUUUGUGGAGAUUAAAUAGCUCCUUACACACUUAUGGAAUGUAAUUGUGAUCAAAACUGUGAAGAAUGUGUAAAUACCAUUUGUUAUUCAUGUAAGAGCAAUUUGAAAUUACUUGAUAAUUAUUGCAUAGGUACUUGCGGAGAUCUUGUAGUUUAGGAAUCUGAAGAUUGUGAUGACGGUAAUGAUACCGAAUUUGAUGGUUGUUUCCAUUGCCAUUAUUCUUGUCCACUAGGAUGUAAUAACUGCGAAAAAGGAAUGUGUCUAGAUUUAUGUUUGCCAGGGUUUCACUUUAUGAAUCAAGCCUGCUCUACAAUUUGUGGGGAUUCCAUCAUAGCUGGCAAUGAAUAAUGUGAAGAUAAUAAUACUUAAGAAUAUGAUGGAUGUUAUCUAUGUAAAUUUUCAUGUCCUAUCAAUUGUUAUGAAUGCUUUGAAGGUACUUGCAUUAAUUGUAAUAUCGGAUUUUAAUUAAUUCAAAAUUAAUGCUCAAAUGUAUGCGGAGAUGGGAUCUUAUAAAUUGAAGAAUAAUGUGAUGAUGGAAAUGAAGAUAGUGGUGAUGGAUGCUCUAAAACAUGUUAAGUGGAAAUUGAUUGGAUCUGCAAUUAAGGUAAUGAUUGCGCGUUUGUUAAGUACCCAUAGCUUAUGUGUGAAUUUAUUGAGCAGAAUAAUUAAUAUUAAUAUACGAGAAUUAAAUUCUCUUAGGAAGUUUAAUUACUUUCUGAUAUUAAUUAUUAAGAUGCCAUAGAACUUUCAAUUGUUGAUUUGAAUGAAACUGAUUAUAACAUUACAAUUUUAGAAGUUCAAUCUGCUUAGUAUUAAGUUACAUCAGAUGUAGAAUACAUCUUAUAAAUUUAGAUCUUUACUAAUUAACUUUAGUAUCCAAUCUUAACAGUCACAUUAACUGAAUAAUUAUACAAUGAUAAUUUAGCCCCUUUAGUAAAUACGGUGGAUUAUUUGUAAUUAAAUUAACCGAAUUAUUUAUCUACUUAACAGGUUGAAAUAGCUAAAACUGUUUAAUUGGUUAGCAAAGUGUCGUUUCUAUCUAUAUAUGUUUUAUCAAUUAUUUUAAUGAUAUUAGGAAAUGCACUCUCAUUUUGGGGAAUGUUGGAUGCCCUUUAGCAGUAAUCAUAUCUCAAAUUUAUCAAUGUCUUAUACCCACAAACUUUAAUUAUUUAUUUUCAAUCAACCGAAUUGAUAUCAAUGUAAUCAUUGUUAGAUAGUGUCGCAAAUUUAAGCGAGAAGACGUCAUUACUUAAAUCUCCAUAUAUAGAAUCAUAUGAAAAAUUUUAAUUUUACUAAGUAAAUGCAGAUAUUACAGAGGGGUUUAAAGCAGAAAUUUUAGUAUUUCUCGCUUUAUUUGUUUUUUAUAUAAGUAGUUUAAUAUUGGAGAGAGUUAUUUCAAUCUUGGAGAUGAGUUCAUUUUUAUAAGGUUUCCCAAAAUUUGUUCGUUUUUUACAAAGAUAUUAAAGAAAACUCAAUAAAUAAAUUAAGAAAUUCGACAGAAGUUUUAUCCAAAGUACUUUGCUAGCUUGUAGUUGGGAUCUUAUCUUUAUGGCAAUGCUUGAAUUAUCUUCCAACCAUGAUUUUUCUUAUUAUAGAAGUUAUGUUCGUCUAACCAUUACUUUUAUAAUACUAAUCAUGAUUUUCCUUUUAAUCUUAUAGUAAAUUUCUGGAGUAAUUACUUGGAAAAGAUAAAAUUUAGAUCAAUAUUGGUUUAAAAAAUAACCCUUUUUCCUUUUAAUAAAAAAGAUUUUAAUAGUUUCAGUCCUUGUAUUUUAUUAGCGUGAGUAGAUAAUAUAAACUUUGCUUAUGACUUUAAUCAAUGCAUUCUACUUAAUUUAUGUAAUUAACAUGAAGACCACCGAAGAAUUCGAAAUUUAAAUCAAAAAUAUAAUAAUGGAAGCAUCCCUAACAUUAUUUACAGCAUCGACAGUCAUAAAUUGGGAUAUUUUGUAACGAUACUUUGAAUAUAAAUUUAUAAUCAUAGUGAGUUGGGUUUAAAUGUUUUUUUUAGUAAGUGUUCUAAUUUUAUAUUUGCUUUUCGAGCUUCAUGAAAUUAUCAUCUAAAUCAAAAGUAAAAUUACAAAAUUAAUUGAAAAAAGAAUAAGUAGACAUAAAUCUAAUGAAGAGAGGCAAACAUAAAAUAAAGAAAAUGGACUAUAAAAGGAAAAUCUUUAAACUCAAAAGAUUAUAUUUGCAGUGUAAACAGUUAAUCAAAUACAAAUAAAAUAAUGA